CGGGUGUCCGAACUUCAGGAGCUGCUGGAUCGGACAAACAAGGAGCUGGUCCAGAGCCGCGAGCACUCUGCCACUCUCAGCGGUCGUAUGGCCGAUCUCGAGGCAGAGCUCACAAAUGCACGCAGAGAACUGUGCCGCAGCGAGGAACUGUCAAUCAAACAACAUAGGGAACAGAGAGAGAGGGAGGAUAUGGAGGAGAGGAUAACAACACUAGAGAAACGCUACCUGGCUGCUCAGCGGGAGACCACACACAUCCACGACCUCAACGACAAACUGGAGAAUGAACUGGCCACCAAGGACUCGCUGCACCGCCAGAGCGAGGAGAAGGUCCGCCAGUUGCAGGAGAUGCUGGAGAUGGCAGAGCAGAGGCUGGCUCAGACCAUGAGGAAGGCUGAGACGCUGCCAGAGGUGGAAGCUGAACUGGCACAAAGAGUGGCUGCACUUUCCAAGGCAAUGCACACACACACACACAUACACACACACACACAACAUCCAAAUGGAGUCUGUUUCAAAAGAGAAAAUUUGUUGAAGUCAUUCCGCCCCCUCGUCUGGUUCUCUCACCAGGCUCGUCAGAGAGAGAAGAUGAAUGAGGAGCACAACAAGCGCCUGUCUGACACCGUGGAUCGUCUGCUCACCGAGUCCAACGAGAGACUGCAGCUCCAUUUGAAAGAACGCAUGGCUGCCCUGGAGGACAAGAACUCCCUCAUUCAGGAUCUUGAGAACUGCCAGAAACAGCUUGAAGAAUUCCACCACACCCGGGAGCGGCUGAUUGGAGAGAUUGAUAAGUUGAGAAAUGAAAUCGACCACUUGAAACGCCGCAGUGGAGCGUUUGGAGAUGUGUCUCACUCUCGAUCUCACCUUGGAAGCGCCAGCGACCUUCGCUUCUCUGUGGUGGAGGGCCAAGAUGGCCACUACAGCACAACUGUGAUCAGGAGGGCUCAGAAGGGCAGAAUGUCAGCGCUGAGAGACGACCCAAACAAGGUGUGCGCUGUGUUUGAACAGGACUACCCGUCUCUCCGCGGGAGCGUCAGCCACCUCCUCGGCAGCGACAUCGAGGCAGACUCUGACAUGGAUGAUGACGUCAGCUCCACCCUGCUUUCCCCCAGCGGGCAAUCUGACGCUCAGACUCUGGCUCUCAUGCUGCAGGAGCAGCUCGAUGCUAUCAAUGAAGAGAUAAGGAUGAUCCAGGUGGAGAGGGAGUCAGCAGACCUGCGCUCUGACGAGAUUGAGUCUCGUGUGAACAGUGGCAGCAUGGACGGCCUCAACGUGACGCUGCGACCCAGGGCGCUGCCCACCUCCGCCACCGCCCAGUCCCUGGCAUCGUCCUCCUCCCCCCCCACCAGUGGCCACUCCACACCUAAACACCACUCACGCAACGCCAGCCACCAUCUAGGCAUCAUGACUCUGCCAAGCGACUUGAGGAAACACCGCAGGAAAGUAGCGUCUCCGGUUGAAGUGGACAAAGCUACUAUCAAGUGUGAGACAUCGCCCCCCUCGUCCCCCCGAAGUUUACGGCUAGAAACCAAUUUCGCCCAGUUCACCGGCAGUCUGGAGGACGGCAGAGGCAAGCAGAAGAAAGGCAUCAAGUCAUCUAUUGGCCGACUGUUUGGGAAGAAGGAGAAGGGUCGAAUGGAGCAGACUGCUGCUGUGUGCAGGGAGGUUCAGCCUCUACCGGCCCUAACAGACUUUGACAUGGGCAUCGGUGACACUAUGACUCUGGGAAAACUGGGCACGCAGGCUGAGAGGGAUCGCAGGAUGAAGAAAAAACACGAGCUUCUGGAAGACGCCAGGAAAAGAGGCCUGCCAUUUGCUCAUUGGGACGGCCCUACAGUCGUCUCCUGGCUAGAGCUGUGGGUGGGAAUGCCAGCGUGGUAUGUGGCAGCGUGUCGUGCCAACGUGAAGAGCGGAGCCGUGAUGUCAGCUCUGUCUGACACAGAGAUUCAGAGGGAGAUUGGCAUCAGCAACCCUCUGCACCGACUCAAACUGCGCUUGGCCAUCCAGGAAAUGGUUUCCCUCACCAGCCCCUCUGCACCCCUUACCUCCAGAACGGUAAAAUAAUAUGAACAAAUAUACAUCUGCAUACACAAACAGCCGGAAAAUAAAUGAGCACAUGGAGUUACACACAAAUGUAAUCCAAGGAUUGUGAAUAUGAUCACAUUACCCGACACAAAACACUCAAAACAUCCUCCACUGUCAGCUCAACCUUCACUCUGCACCCUGGGGUGAGAACUCUUCACUCUGUGUUGCUUUUUUUUUUGUUCAGACCACAGACUCUUCCGCUGCCAUAAAUUGCAUGUGGAUCUGUGGG